GUGUCGCCACGGGCACAGCGCCGCUCACACCAUGGCUUGGGUCCCGAGUGCGCCACAGUCUCUCGAGAGACGUGGGUCCUCGGAGCCUCUUUAGUGCCGGAGCUCGGGCCGCAGGCGGCUCCGCGGCGGCGGAAAAACAGAACCUCUGGAAUGGAUGGACUCUUCCCGAGCAGCUUUGCUAACUUGCAGCAGCUGAACAAUGUUCCUCAUUAAUAUCUGUCUGUCAGCAUAAUCGUCACAUCAUUUCACUCUGGUGGCAGGGACUCAGCUCUGAAUUCUGUAUAGGAAAAGCACCUGGAUCCCAGUCUUUCAAUGGCUUCGAGACAACCAGAAGUGCCUGCUCUUGAGCCUAGUGGGCCUCUAGGCAAGAUGUCCCUGCCCAUCGGGAUGUACCGCCGGGCAUUCAGCUAUGAUGAUGCCCUCGAGGACCCUACGCCCAUGACUCCUCCUCCAUCGGACAUGGGCAGCAUCCCCUGGAAGCCAGUGAUUCCAGAGCGCAAGUAUCAGCACCUCGCCAAGGUGGAGGAAGGAGAGGCCAGCGUCUCAUCCCGUGCCCUGCCAUCGGCCACUGAUGGUGCGGACAAGGUCCCCGUGGUGAAGGCUAAAGCUACCCAUGUCAUCAUGAGUUCUCUGAUCACAAAACAGACCCAGGAAAGCAUUCAGCGUUUUGAGCAACAGGCAGGGCUGAGAGAUGCUGGCUACACACCCCACAAGGGCCUCACCACCGAGGAGACCAAGUACCUUCGAGUGGCAGAAGCACUCCACAAACUAAAGCUCCAGAGCGGAGAGAUAACAAGAGAGGAGAAGCAGCCGGCCUCCACCCAGUCCACCCCAAGCAGCAGCCCCCACUCGUCCCCUAAGCAGAAGCCCAGAGGCUGGUUCACUUCUGGUUCUUCCACAGCCUUACCUGGCCCCAAUCUUAGCACCAUGGAUUCUGGAAGCGGGGAGAAAGACAGAAGCUCGGCAGAUAAAUGGAGCCUCUUUGGACCAAGAUCCCUCCAGAGGUCUGAUUCAGGAGGUUUUGCCAUCCAGGCCUACAAAGGAGCCCAGAAGCCUUCUCCAAUGGAACUGAUUCGCACGCAGGCCACCCGAAUGGCCGAGGAUCCAGCAGUGUUCAAGCCACCCCAAAUGGACAUCCCAGUGAUAGAAGGGAAGAAACAGCUGCCGCGGGCCCACAAUCUAAAACCGCGGGACUUGAAUGUUCUCACACCCACUGGCUUCUAGAGCUCUUUCUGUUCCAGGGACUCUGGAUAGAGAUGUCUUGAGCCCAGCUCCCCUUUACCUUGGCUCUGACAUAGGAAAAGUUUCGUUUUCUCUUUUUAAAAAUCUCUCAAACUGAGGCUAGA